AUGGGAAAUGUAAUUGAAGGAUUUAGUGAUUGCUUUCCAAAAAAAAAGAAAAAAGCUCAAGGACAUAAACUCGGUACUAGAAAUGAAAACAACAAUAAUAAUCCAAUUGGAAACAAUGUAGGAAAUGAAAAAACAGGAAAAACAGGAAAAGAUACAAGUGGUGUACAAACUCUUGAUAACGGUAAAACAGUAGGGAGUGUUAGUGUUAAGACUGGAGGAAUGCCCUCGAGAGAAGAUAUGGCUGCUGCUGCUCAAAAAAGGCAAGAUGAUGGAGUAAUAAAAGGUGGUGGUAAAUUAAUGGAGGGUCGAUUAAAGUUAUAA